AUGUCGGAGCGUGAUUCCUGUGGAGACGGCAUAUGCGGGGAUGGAGCCCCAGAGUUCGUACCGGCGAGAGCAUCCCGAGCGGGUAGACGGAGCGGAGUCAUCGCGCCCAUGGCGGAGCGCUCCAGCCCCGGUCAGGACCCAGAGACGGUCCUCAUUGAAGCGGCAAAGGCAGCCCCCCGUAGAAGCAGCAUUAUUAAGGACCCAUCAGUGGCCAAGGUGAGUGGCGGUCGAAAGAAGACAGUGUCCUUCAGUAGCAUGCCGUCAGAGAAAAAGGUGAGCAGUGCAGCCGACUGUCUGGCCUUCAUGCAAGGUGGCUGUGAACUCAAGAAGAUCCGACCUAAUUCACGUGUCUACUGCCGUUUCUAUACGCUGGACCCAGACAUGGUCUGCCUUCGCUGGGAACCCUCCAAGAAGGAUGGUGACCGUGCCCGACUUGACAUAUCCUCCAUCCGAGAAGUACGAAUGGGCAAGAGCACUGAGACCUUCCUUCACAAUGGCCCCGUGGCUGAACAUUUGGCUGAAGAAGCUGCCUUCUCCAUCAUCCAUGGAGAUGAUUAUCAGUCGCUGGACCUGGUGGCUCUCUCAGCAGAUGUGGCCAACAUCUGGGUGACAGGCUUGCGUUACCUGGUGUCCCAUCCUGGGGCAGUGGGUGGUGGAGGCGGAGGGGAGGGUGGAGGGGUUGGGGAGAGCAGCGUUGGAAGCCGAAUGCGGCGCGAGUGGCUGGCAACAGAAUUUGCCCUGGGUGACGAGGAUGGAUAUGGGAUUAUGCCUGAGGACACUGCUGUGGCCACAAUCUGUAGGCUCUAUCCCAGUAUCAAAGAGGCUAAGGUACGUCAGCGCUUCAAAGAGAUCCAGCGUAGCAAGGAAAAGCUGACAUCACAUGUGACGUUGGAGGAGUUCGAGGAGGCUUACUGUGAAUUGUGUACGCGGCCUGAUGUCUACUUCUUGCUGGUUCAACUCUCCAAAGACCGAGAGUGCCUGGAUGCCCAGGACCUGCGUCUCUUCUUAGAGACAGAACAGGGCUUGCAACUCGCCACCACAGAGGGCUGUCUGGAAUUGCUGCGUCGCUUCGAACCUUCAGCAGCUGGCCGUGAACGUGGUCUUCUGGGACUGGACGGUUUCACACGCUACCUACAGUCGAGUGAAUGUCAGCUUUUUGACCCCGAGCACCAGCAUGUUUGCCAGGACAUGAACCUUCCCCUUUCACACUACUACAUCAGUGCCUCCUACCGCUCCUACCUGCUGGACGACCAAGUACAUGGCAGGGCAGACCUUGGAGGACUGACCCGCGCCCUUCAAGCUGGGUGCCGAUGCCUUGAGUUGGGCGUGACCGAUGGUCCAGAAGGGGAGCCAAUCCUGGGAGUGGACCAUGGAGUGGACGGCAAGCACCACCACCACCACCAUCACCAUCAUCAUCAUCAUCAUCACCAUUACACCCCAAUUACCUUGCGCAGUGCUCUAGAAGUAGUCAACAAGUAUGCCUACCUGACAUCUGAGUACCCACUGCUCCUGUACCUGUGCCACCGUUGCUCACCUUCCCAACAGCGCCUGAUGGCACAGCACCUAAAAAAAGUGUUUGGCACACGCCUGUACACCCCUGAGGCACUCCCCGUGAGCCUGGGGGGCCGGGCCACCACCCUACCAUCCCCUGAACAGCUGAAGGGUAGGGUGCUGGUAGUGGGUAAGAAGCUGCCCCCUGAGGAGGGAGACUCGGAAGGUGAGGUGUCUGAAGAAGAUGAAGAAAUUGGCGGUGGAGGGCCUCUAGCUGGCCGCCGUAUGACCAUCCCUGGGGAAGAGGAACUGGGGGUGGUCCUGGUUGUACCUCCGCCCCCACAGCCACGUCGACUGCGCCUUCGUCGUGAGCUCUCAGACCUAGUUGCUGUGGCAAGGAUGGGGAGCCGGAGCUUCUAUGCCCAUCGUGCCAGCGUUCUACAGUCUCAGCAACACUCACCCCCUUCUACUCCCUCUACUCCAGGUACUCCUGUACCUCCAGAUCCACCUUUUUGGACACUGUGUUCACUGGGAGAGGGCGAGGCUGGUCGCUUGGCCAGUGAAAGCCCCGAAGACUUGGUGAGCUUCACCAAGCGUACGUUAACACGUGUUCGGCCAAGUUCCGUGCGUCUGGAUUCCAGCAACCCCAAUCCGCAGGGCUACUGGAAGUGCGGAGUGCAACUGACAGCACUCAAUCAGCAGACUCCUGGUGCCAUGUUGGAUCUUAGCCGGGGACGGUUUGCACAGAACGGUGGCUGUGGUUACGUUUUGCGGCCAGCUGUUAUGCGGGAGGAGGUGUCCUACUUCAGCGCGCAGUCACAGGGCUGCGUACCUGGUGUGCCCCCGCAGACACUGCGGAUCAAGGUGAUUAGUGCUCACUGCCUACCCAAACCACAAGGAUCUGGAGCCAAAGGGGAGGUUAUCGACCCCUAUGUGGUGUUGGAACUGCAUGGUGUUCCAGCUGACUGUGCUGAGCAGAGGACCCGCACUGCUGCCCAGAACCAGGAUGACCCACUUUUUGACGAGACCUUUGAGUUUCAGGUAAACAUGCCUGAACUGGCCCUGCUGCGUUUUGUGGUCUUGGAUGACGACUACAUUGGAGAUGACUUUAUUGGUCAGUACAGCGUGGCCUUUGAGUGUCUACAGCCUGGCUACAGAAAUGUGCCCCUGCUUGGGUUGGCAGGAGACCCCUUACCUCAUGCCAGCCUCUUUGUUCAUGUGGCUGUCACUAAUCGCCGUGGUGGGGGUAAAGCGCAGCGUCGGGGUCUGUCUGUGAGACGAGGGGUCCGGAGGGGCAGGGAGUAUGUCACCUUGCGCCACACGAGCAUCAAAAUUCUGGAUGACGCUUUCCGUUUGGCCACUGCUCCGCUCAGAGAGGCCACAGACCUGCGAGAGGAUGCACUGAGUGCUACUGUGGCUUUCAAAGAGCAGUGUGGGCUCCCCCCAGUGGCCAAACUUAAGCAGUGCAUCCAGAGUUUGGCCACACGGCUACAGAGCCCUGAUGGCCCCCCAGGCGCCACACUCACUCUGAAGGAGGGCUAUCCAUGCCUGGAGCCUGCCGGCAAUCUGACGGACACCACCCGCAAACUGCUUAAUGCCUAUGAUUCGAUGAUCUCAGCUAAUAAACAGCUGAUAGAGAAUGCAGAUGGAGUGCAGGAGAGGAUUGCUCAGGUGCAGAAAGAAGGUAUGGUUUUCCAUGAGGACCUACCACGGUUAGCAGAGAAGGAGAAUCUAAAGGGACGGAAGCAGAGUAAAGCCGUUGAAAGUUUCACGUGGAACAUCACUGUUCUUAAGGGUCAGUGUGACUUGCUGCGCAGUGCUAAAUUGGAUGCUCUCGAUGCACUGAGGCAGCUGGCGCUAGCCUGUGAGGCAUGUGGCCUGACUGCACCCUCUGACCUCCAAUACACCUCCCAUAACCUCUCCAGAAGGGGCAGUUCCCAUGGCAAUGGCCGCAUCUGACCACUCAACGCCGCACCAGCGGGCACCGGUAGAUAGAUAGACAGGCAAACGGAGGGAUGGAGACACACUUAGAAAAGAGAGAAGAAUGUUGCGGUCCUUGAGCCAGUACAGUUCAUGAGUUUGUCUCAUUCCUGCAGAGUUCUAUGUGAUUGCAGUACU